AUGAUGAUCUGCGAUCCCUACGGCCAAUGCAACAGCGAUCCCUCCAACACCCACAUCUCCGUUUGCCCAGUCGCCCCGGGCUGCAAUCCCGCCCAAUCAUUCGUCUACACCGCUCCUACCAUCGACGAAGAUCACUGCGCCACAAACACCACAUACUAUCUCUACGAUUGCUCGCCGCCAGUGUCGCGCCGCCGCCCCAACCCCGCCAUUCUCUACUACAUCGAGCUCGAUAAUGGCUCGAGGUGCGAGGAGAAGAAAUACCAGCCGUCCGAUCUCGUGGCAUCCAUGGCCACCGGAUGGUAUAACUAUCAACGGCCAGGAGGCGCUUGCGGUAGAAACGUAACCAUCACGGCCCUCAACGGCCGUACCGUGACGGCCAUGGUUGUGGAUGAGUGCACGGCCAUGGCUGGCUGUACGGCAGCCACUAGCUUCUAUCCACCGUGCUCUCCAAAGAGCCUGGGCGCCACGCAGGGCGUUUGGGAGGCCCUGGGAUACAAAAUCUCGGAAGGGAUCAUCGAUAUAACAUGGGAGUUUGAGCGCGCGGGAAAGAGGCCGCGUUUGAAACGGACGGUUGCGAUCGCGUCCUCCGUGGCGGCAGCGACGGCUGGGAUUGUUCUAGGGUUUGUUCUUGGGGUUUUCGCGUGGCGGGCAGCGCGGUCCCGGGCUAGGGAUUGCGAGAAGGAGAGCGAGCUCGGGGGAAUGCUGCCGGAGCGAUUCAGGCAUCGGAAGCUCUGUGCCGCGACUGGGGAUUUCGGCGUGGGAUCGAAGCUGGGACAGGGCGGAUCGGGGUCUGUCUUCAAGGGUGUUCUUCCGGAUGGGAGAUUGGUGGCUGUCAAGCGGAUCGGGGGCUCUGGCAAGCAAUUCCGGGCGGAGGUGAUGGCCGUGGGGAGGAUUCACCACUUGAAUCUCGUGAGGCUGCUGGGGUUUUGCAUCAAGAGCCCGCUCCACUUCCUGGUGUACGAAUUCAUGCCAAACGGGUCGCUGGAUUCGUGGAUUUUUGGCAAGGGGAGGUACUUGGAUUGGAGCAGCAGGGUCUCGAUCGCCAUGGAUGUCGCUCGCGGGCUGGCCUAUCUCCACGAUUCAUGCCGCGAGAAGAUCUUCCAUCUGGAUAUCAAGCCUCAGAACAUUCUUUUGGAUGGAAAGAUGCGUGCCAAGAUUUCCGAUUUUGGAUUCGCCAAGAUUGUCGACAAGGACAAGAGCCAAACGAUCACGGUGAUGCGAGGAACUCAGGGCUACAUGGCGCCCGAGUGGCUCCAUUCCACGAUCACAGACAAGACAGACGUCUACAGCUAUGGUGUGGUGUUGAUCGAGCUGGUUUGCUGCCGGAGGAGAAUGGAAGAGCUAGAUCAGGCAAUCGAGGGCGGUGAGGAAGAAACCAAUUACCUGGCUGGAGUGGAGGAUGUUGAGAUCCAAGCCGAUUGCCACAACAGCCUGAUCGAUCCAAGGCUGAGGAGCGAUCCCAGUUUUGUGGAGGUGGAAUGCCAGAAAAUUCUGGAGAUUGCUGUGUCGUGUACACAAGAGGAACCUUGGUUGAGACCGUCCAUGGGACAGGUGGUAAAGCAGCUGGAAACUCUUGCGGAGCUAGAGACCACCACUUUACCCAGAGGAUUCUCUGUUAACUUGCCAACCUCUCCCAUCCAAGCCCGAUGAUACACAAAGCAAACAUAAGGCGAAAAAGUUAAUUAUUAAUUGCCUAUAUUAUAAAAUAUAAUUCUAUGAUAAAUAUGAA